CUUUGGAUUGUUGACAUUAGAGUUGUAGGAGGAGCCAGGAGGUGUGCAUAUGAUAAGUGCCUAUUUCAGACAUUAGAAAUAUUUAACAAGGAGAUGACGUUUCUGUGAAAUUGAGAGCGGACUUGGUUUGUCCUCGCUAUUGUACGCGAUUUUUUUCUUUGAUAGCAGAACAGUAGAAAGUGACUAUGGCAGAUGACACGGAAUUCAUGGAUGAAGAAACUCUAUUAACGAAACACCGAAAGGAGAAGAAGGAACUACAAAGUAAAAUUCAAGCACUUAAGAAGACAGCAACAAAAGGUGACAAGAAGAAGAAGAAAGAAGUUAUGGAGGAAAUUGCUGCACUAGAGAUGGAGUUAGAGAAAAAACAGAAUGAGGAAUUGGAUAAACUAAAAGGAAUUACGGAGGUUAAUGGGGUGUCAACAGAUAUGGAAAAGUUGCAUUUAGAUGAAAAACAACCUGAAGAAAAAGUAAUGGAAGAGGAGGAGGAGGAAGAAGAAAAUUGUGGUGGACCACAUCUACAGAAACGUAUAACAAAAGCACAAAAAAGGAGAGAGAAAAAAGCAACAAAAGAGAAGGAAAGAGAGAGAUUAAUAGCAAUACAGGAGACAGAAAAUGUACAUGGAGCUAGAAACAUAGAAAUGCAGAAGAUAAAACAAAUUCUGAAAGAGAAGAAAUUGAUGUUACAUGAAAUACCAUCUGAUGGCAACUGCUUAUAUUGUGCAAUAGAUUUUGCACAGGCAGCAGUUGGGGGAGAAGAAAUGGGAUAUCAGACUUUAAGGAUGCUGACCAGUCAGUUCUUAAGGAAAAACUGCUCUGAUUUUCUUCCAUUUCUCAGUGAUCCUGUGACAGGGGAUACAUUUUCAAAAGAGCAGUAUGAAGAAUACUGUGAUCAGAUUGCCAACACAUCCAGCUGGGGUGGACAAGUGGAGCUGCGUGCUCUAUCACAUGUACUUAAAUGUCCUAUAGAAGUUAUUCAAGCUGUUGGACCUACUAUUGUGAUUGGUGAAGAAUAUAAUGACCAAAAGAGUAUAAUUUUGACAUAUCAUAGACACAUGUAUAGAUUAGGAGAGCAUUACAACACUGUAAAACCUUAUGUAGAUGAACAGGAUGAAGGCAAGUGAUAACAGCUAAAUGAGUUGCGUACUGCAAAAGUGAGAAGCAAGUUAUCACUAUCAGUCUAAUAAACAAGCACUGAUGUUUGUGCUGUUGGUGUGUUCUUAAGAGUUGGUUACAAAUAGCUGUGUGCUGUCACUUCCAUGCUUGAGUGCUAUAUGAGUUGAUGCUGACAGUGGUUUUGGAAGCCUGAAUACAAAGAGGAGAAAGUAACAUAAACUGAACUGCACCCAAAGUGCAGCCAAGUACAAUUUUUUUUUUGUUAAUCAUCUAGUUGGAUUCCACUGUUUACUCUGUUACUCAUUAAAAAGAAAACUAGCAAUUUA